GAAAUUUUAGAAAUGUUAUCAGAAUCUGUGUAUCAGAAGUUUGCAAAGAAAACUGAGUUUUGAAGGAAAGGAGAAAGUUUAUGCGGUUUAUAUCGCCCACUUGGAUACUCCAUUUCCUUACCUCACCUCGUGAUUUUUUUAUUCAAAACCUAGUCCGUUCAAUAAAGUUUUAAAGGACCCUCCAUAGUUGAACCUAUUCACCAUGAAUGCAACUUCGCGAGGGAGCUCAACUUUAAAGGUGGCCUCUUAUCUCUUAAAAAAUUGUUUGCCUCCGUCAUUACUCUUGAGGAGUGUCAGUGGAAAUGCUAAAUUUUUGAAUGGUGCUAUGAAAAGCGUUGAACCAGAUUUAUCUCCACCAACCUUCGAUUUUGAACACUUGUGUGGCGAUAAAGUUGUCGAAUCAGUGAGACAGAAUAUUUCAUCUAGGAAAGGUGACGGCAAUAUUGAUCUAGUGUUAGCACUUUAUAAGGAACACUUGAAUGAUGAAGGCAAUGAAGAUGUCAAAAGGAAGCUCUUGGAAGCAGCUGCAUGCAUCCCAAACAGAACCCAUCCGCAAGUCCUUGAAUAUGGAUCAGAUUCUAAAGUUGUCAGUUCAACUGGGUCGAAGUUUGAUUAUAAUUUUAAGCCCAAGUCUUUUCCAGAUCUCACAGCACAGCAUAAUUUAUUUCGUUAUGAAAAUAUGACGAACCUCACUGGAUUCCGCAGCUACUUUUUGUCCGGAAACUUGGCUGCUCUUGAGGCUGCGUUAAUCAAAUACACACUCUCUUAUUUGUUGGAGAAUGGCUUUAAACUGAUUUCUGUCCCAGACAUUUUCAAGAAAAGCAUAAUCAAAUCUUGUGGAAUGGUCACAGAUGGUGAAAGACACCAAAUCUACUGCUUGGAUGAAAAUCUCUUUGGCAAGGAUUGGUGCUUAUCUGGGACAUCUGAAAUAGCUAUAGCUAACUACUUACGAAAUCGAAAAUUCCACUCUUCUGAGCUGCCAAUAAAUUUCGCUGCUGUCAGCCGAUGUUACAGAGCUGAAAUAUCUCAACUUGCUGAAGAGAGAGGUCUAUACAGAGUGCAUCAGUUCACCAAAGUUGAGAUGUUCAGCGUUUGUUCGCCUGAUGAGUCUGCCGCCAUCCUUGACACUUUCCGAGCACACCAGGAAAAGCUGUUUGCAGAUCUUAAUUUACACUUUCUAACACUAGAUAUGGCAGCUCAUGAAUUAGGUGCUCAAGCAUAUCGAAAAUAUGACAUUGAGGCAUGGAUGCCUGGACGACAAAAAUAUGGAGAGAUAUCAAGCUGCAGUGACUGCACUGAUUUUCAGGCUCGCAGAUUCAAUAUAAAAUGUGAUGGUGGAUUUGCGCACACAGUAAAUGGAACUGCAUGCGCCAUUCCCCGCCUUUUGUUAACUCUAGUUGAAACUCAUCAAACAGAAGAUGGAAAUGUUCAAAUUCCAGCUGCCUUGCAGAAAUUCACAGGAUUUAAUCGUUUGAUUGACAAUGCGGAAGAAUUGCAGAAGUACUCACUGAGCAAGAUAAUGACACAUUUCUAUAAGUAUUGGGAUCAUACUCAACCUUUAAACCCCAGGAAAAAAAAAAGAAAAUAGUUUUAGGUAAUAGAUCUCCGGCAAUCUAGAUGUUCGGCCUAAAUGUUCUAUCUUUACCUCCAAACAAUUUUAAUUCCUCAUAACUGGAGAGAAUUUUAUAGAGGUUUUUAAAAACGAGGUUCGCUUCACUUUUUCGCCAAAGCUGAUGGGCUCUUUUUAUUCCAUUUGAUGCGAGACCAAUCCAACAUCUAGGAACUACUUCUUGAUGCAUUAGUGACAGCAUCAGGUGCCUGAAAGCGUUGUUAAUUUUGAGAUGGCAUCUGCAUAGGUGAAUACCAGAGUAUAAAAUGAUAAUUCUAAUCAUCCACAAAUAAUGAUCUGAAGCCCUACAAAACAUUUCAAAUAAAAGUUUUCUAGUUUAAAAUUUCUUGGGAUUUCUAUAUCCCUUUCAAAAAUUAGUAGGUUCCUGAUUUGGGGACGUGUUUAGCGUAGAUGCCUGACACUAUAUCUGUGCCAUGGUUAUACUUGUUAUAAAAAACUCCUCUGUUGUCAAUGCGUAAAGUUUUUUUUUUUUUUUUUUUGGAAAAUUAUGGAACAGUUAAGACUUUGGAGUGAUUAAACUGGUACUGAAAUAAUAAAUUGAAGGCAAUUUCUGUAAUCCUUUCUUGAAGA